AUGACUCAACCAAGUCCUCCGAAUGCCCCGCCAGACUCCGAUCCUACUGCUGAUUGCAAAGGCGAGCUGAAACAAACCCAGGACCUCGAUGUUGGAGCGACAAUUCUCAAUGGAACAAUAGACAAUCUGGAAGUCGAUAGUGGCGAAGCUCGAAGUGUUCUUCGAAAAAUCGAUAUGUUUUUACUUCCUAUACUCGCAUUUACCUAUAUGAUACAGUUCUUGGAUAAGUCUUGUGUCUCAUAUGCCGCACUCUGGGGCAUGGUGGAAGAUGCUCAUCUGGUUAACGAUCAGUAUUCCUGGCUUACAACUAUCUUCUACUUGGGAUAUAUGGCGGGCGAGUUCCCAAUCAAUAUGCUCUUUCAGAAAUUUGACAUAGCGAAGACAUGUGGUAUUUUCAUCAUUCUCUGGGGCGCCACUCUUUUGUGCAUGACUGCCGGUCACAACUUCGCCGGUCUGGCUACAGCGCGUCUAUUUCUUGGCAUAUUAGAAGCCGGCGUGAGUCCUUGCUUCGUUUUAUUGACAACAAUGUUUUACAAAAGGUCGGAACAGCCCCUGCGAACCUCCAUCUGGUUUUCCAUGAACGGGGUUGCAAAUAUCCUCGGUGGGUUAAUCGCAUAUGGCAUCGGCCAUUUACAUGCUGCUCUUCCAGCGUGGAAAUUCCCAUUCAUCAUCUUCGGCUCGAUAACCAUUGUUUGGGGUAUUAUUUUCGUUCUUGUGACUCCAUCCAAUCCGACAAAGGCCAGAUGGCUUUCAGCCAGGGAAAAGGAAAUUGCGGUCUUGCGCGUUAUUGAGAACGAGACGGGCAUGGAUACCAAAACAUUCAAGAUGGAACAAGUGAGGGAGGCCCUGAUUGACCCUCGAUUUUGGUUGAUCAACUUGCAUUGUCUGGCAAACACCAUUCCAAACGGAGCUGUGUCUGCAUUUGCCCCACUUAUAGUCAAUGGAUUUGGAUUCACCAAAUUUGAAUCCACUUUGCUUGGUAUGCCAUCGGGUGCUUCACAGGUCUUGGCAUUAUUGAUUUCAGGAUACUUGGCUACCCGCUUCCAGGACAUCCGGCAUUUCCUGAUGAUUGGCGGACUUUUGGUCGCCCUUAUUGGAGGGGUUUUAAUCUUUGCCCUCCCCGAGUCUAAUCGUAUUGGUCGAUUGCUCGGUUAUUAUCUUCUUGUUGGCUUCAGUGUUAAUUUUGUCUUGUCCUUGACCCUACUGCAAUCUAAUGUCGCCGGUCGAACCAAAAAGACCAUGUUUGCAUCUUCAUUCUUCGUCAGUUAUUGUGUUGGCAAUCUCAUUGGACCCCAGCUUUUCUUUGCGCGUGAAGCACCUCGGUAUCAAUCCGGAUUUGCGUCUAUGAUUGUAUGCUUUGUCGUACAAAUUGCUAUAGUUGUCGUUAUGUAUACGGUCAAUGCUCGAGAGAACAGAAGACGUGACCUUCUCAACCCGAAUGAUACUGAAGUCCAUCAGGCUGCCGUUGUAUCCCUCGGCUUAUCAGACAUGACAGAUGUACAAAAUCUGCACUUCCGAUAUGUCCUCUGA